CCGUUACGCUAACUGCUGGUCCCUGAACUCUACUUUUGAGGAGAAAAUAAAGUGAUUUUGCAAAUAGAAGCUUACAUCAGGGACAUAGUCCACAAGCUAUUUUUCAGGAAAGGGCUCUUUAAAAAAAAAAAGCUCAGUUUCGGAAAUCCAAGCAGCUGGAGGGGAACCAUGGUCAACUGUGAACCCACCUUCAUUGCCAUCAAGCCCGAUGGGGUACAGCAGGGCCUUGUGGGAGAGAUCAUCAAGCGUUUUGAGCAGAAGGGAUUCCUCCUUGUUGAUAUGAAAUUCAUGCAUGCUUCUGAAGAUCUUCUCAAGGAACACUACAUUGACCUAAAGGACCGUCCAUUCUUUGCUGGCCUGGUAAAAUACAUGCACAUCAGGGACAUAGUCCACAAGCUAUUUUUCAGGAAAGGGCUCUUUAAAAAAAAAAAGCUCAGUUUCGGAAAUCCAAGCAGCUGGAGGGGAACCAUGGUCAACUGUGAACCCACCUUCAUUGCCAUCAAGCCCGAUGGGGUACAGCAGGGCCUUGUGGGAGAGAUCAUCAAGCGUUUUGAGCAGAAGGGAUUCCUCCUUGUUGAUAUGAAAUUCAUGCAUGCUUCUGAAGAUCUUCUCAAGGAACACUACAUUGACCUAAAGGACCGUCCAUUCUUUGCUGGCCUGGUAAAAUACAUGCUUUCAGGACUGGUGGUUGCCAUGGUCUGGGAGGGGCUGAAAGUUGUGAAGACAGGCCAAGUGAUGCUCGGGGAGACCAACCCUGCGGAUUCCAAACCUGGGACCAUCCGAGGGGACUUUUGCAUCCAAGUUGGCAGGGACAUUAUUCAUGGCAGUGAUUCUGUGGAGAGUGCAGAAAAGGAGAUCGCCUUGUGGUUUCAGCCUGAGGAACUGGUGGAUUACAAGAACUGUGCUCAAGACUGGAUCUAUGAGUGAUGGGAGCUUUGCCCUCCCCUCCUUACGAUGGGCAGAGGACUGGGCUGUAGCAAACCUAGUUAUUCCUGGAACAUCCUUAUAUUCUGGAGGGAAGCUCUUGGAGCUGUGAGUGCUCCCUAUACAGUGUUAUGUGCUACCAUCAGAUUUAAGAUGUUUCUUCCCAGUGGAGGAUUCGCUGAGUUAGUUACUUUGCAGUGCUGUAUUUCUUGGUGUUAUUUUCUCCUUUUUAGGUACUCUGGAUAACCUGAGUUAAUAAAGAGUGUAAAGACACUAAAAAAAAAAAAAAGUUCAAUUUCUUGCUUCCCUCAUGUCCAUCUCAGCUGACUUUGCCAGACUGUAAGUUUGUGAAUGGUACAGAAUAGAAACACAUU